UCCGACCAUUGCCCGUACCAUGUGCAUAGACUUGCAAUAAAAAAAAACAACGUUGACAGUUCGAAACAUUCGCGCGGGAAAAUUGACGUGUGUGACUUUUCGGGAUUUUUAAAUUUUUGUAAACUUUAGUGAAAGAUUGUGUGGGUGUUUUGAGUUUUUUUCUGUCGUGUUGCAGUGUGUAUUUUUUUGAAAAUUUUCUCUCACCAUGGGUUCUCUGCCUCGGGUCUCGGUCGUGAGCGGCGCCCGCACGCCCGUCCCGGCUGCCCCGUUGACGAAGCACCUCAGCCAUCUGGAUACCAGUGAUAACACUGCUCUUGUUUAUGCUGACGAGACGUGCAAUGUCCGCAUAAGUUACUCGGAGCUGGCAGCGCGAACCAACUCCCUCGCGCGAGCCAUCGCUGCGCGCGCGCGGCCGCAGGGACCUAACAGAGAUGGAGAUUAUGUUAUUGCUGUGUGCAUGCAGCCUACACAUAGCACAAUAACAACACUGCUAGCGACAUGGAAGGCCGGUGCUGCGUACGUGCCGAUGGAGCCGAGCUUCCCUCAGGCGAGGAUCACGCACAUACUGAGCGAUGCUGAACCUUCUCUCGUUGUCUAUGAUGAUACUGCUAACCCAGCCAUGUUCUCUGGUAGCGGUAUACCAUCAGUGUCCUUCGAGGAGUUGGCGCACGAAGCCAGUGGCCUGUCAGCUGAUGUCAUACAGGACGGAGAAGUGUUGGCUGUGGCCAGGAGUGACAGCAUCGGUAUUGUGCUGUAUACUUCUGGAAGUACUGGCAUUCCUAAAGGUGUUCGCCUCUCCUACUCUGCAGUUUGCAACCGUCUCUGGUGGCAGUUCCAUACCUUCCCUUACUCUGACUCCGAGGUCAACUGUGUCUGGAAGACGGCCUUGACCUUCGUGGACUCAGUCUGCGAGAUCUGGGGACCUCUGCUUCAUGGCAGGACCCUGAUCAUCCUCUCUAGGGAGACUACUAGGGACCCUCAGAAGCUGGUCAAUGUUUUGGCUGAUAAUCAGAUCCAACGUCUAGUACUGGUCCCGACCUUACUUCGAUCGAUCCUCAUGUACCUUUCCCUAAAACCGACGGAAAGACCCCUCCAACACUUGAAACUCUGGGUCUGUUCCGGCGAGACCCUCAGCAAAGACCUUGCGGCUCAAUUCUUCAAGAAUUUCGGAGACCACAACGGGUACAAACUGGCUAACUUCUAUGGGAGUACUGAAGUUAUGGGCGAUGUGACCUAUUAUGUGUUGGAGAAUACUAACCAGCUUGAUAUUCAUCCUACUAUACCUAUUGGAACUCCCCUAGACAACUGCGCAGUAUACCUACUAGACGAGGAAAUGAACCCGGCGCGUCAGUCGGAGCCCGGCGAGGUGUGGGUGGCGGGGGGUAAUCUCGCCGCGGGGUAUGUGGGCGGACAGGGGGCGGACAAGUUCGUGGAUAACCCUCAUGCUGCUCAUCCAGAUUUCGGUCGCCUGUACCGCACUGGAGACUUCGGCGUACUAGAGAAGGGUGUCAUCCUGUACGCCGGACGCACAGACUCGCAGGUCAAGAUCAGAGGACACAGGGUCGACCUGCAGGAGGUCGAUAGGGCAGUCGCUGCUGUUGAGGGAGUUGACAAAUGCGUGGUCCUCUGCUACGGACUAGAGCGAGGCAACCCGGAGAUAUUGUCGUUCGUCACCAUCAAGCCUGACGCCAGGAUCGCUGCACAGCAUAUAGAGGCUGCCUUGAAGAAUUCUUUAACGCAUUAUAUGUUACCACAGGUAAUUGAAGUAGAGAGCAUACCACUGUUGGUGAACGGCAAAGUAGACCGACAAGCGCUACUGAAGAUGUAUGAAAACACCAACAAUAACGAUGACUCGGAAAUCCCCUUAGACAUCGACUACACCUCAGUCUCCCAAUCCGACCUCCCGGCCGCUAAGGUCUUGUUCGAGACUGUCGGGGAAGUGCUGGGGAGGGCCGCCAGGGGAGCCAUCUCUGUGAGGGCUGGCUUCUAUGAGUUGGGAGGGAACUCCCUUAAUUCUAUCUAUACUAUUACGAGGUUGAGGGAUAAGGGGUAUUUUAUUGACAUAAGCGAUUUCCUCGGCGCAUCAAACUUAGGCGAAGUGUUAUCUCACAUGAGCACGAACCCGCACUCCGACGACGGAGAUAAUGAACUGUUCACCGCUGAACCACUCGCUGAUGAACAUAAGCAACAGGUUAUCGAAAUGAUAGUAUCCUCCUUCUACAACAAGGCUGAGUUGGAGCAGUUCCUGAAGCACGAGAUCGACACCAACGACUAUGCUGUUCUCAUCAGCGACACCUGGCCGGCACUAAUCAGUGCUAAACUUAGCGUUGUGCUGAAGAAUUCAUCAGGCACUCCAGUAGCCGUAGCGCUGAACUUCGACGCUCGCGACGAACCGGACGUGGAGUCUGAGGAGACAGGAGGACUCAUGAAGAUCAUGAUCUUCUUGGAGUUUGUCGAGAGCUCCGUUAGGGAUACCAUGUUACCGCCGGGGAAGGGCACAAUCCUCCAUUCCUUCAUGAUGGCGACAGCAGAGAGCCUGACACCACGGGAGAAUGUAGCCGCCAUCAGAGCAUUAGAGAACGCCACCAUGAACCUCGCCAAGGAGACAGGCUUCCGAGGAGUUUUUACUACCAACACCAGCCCGCUUACACAGCAAUUAGGUACCGAUGUCCUAGGCUACCAAACCUUAUUGGAUUACCAAAUAAAUCAGUACGUUGACCCCAACGGAGACAGAAUAUUCGGAAAGGCUCCCGACGAUAUGCGAGCUAUUGUGUGCUGGAAACCGCUCGACUAACCUGUGAUAUGAUCAUUUAGACUAUUGGCCAGUUUCAAAGGUUACUGAUAAAGUCUCUGAUAGCCUAU